GCACGUGUUACGAAUGUUUACUAUAGAUCGAGGUUAGGAACUCCGUGAAAUAGGAGAAGAAAAUAAAACAUUUAGUUUCAAUAAUUAUAUGUUUAUUUACUAUGAAUUACAGUAAAUAAUAAACUGCCACUAAAUAAACUAAUAACAUGGAUGAAUAUUUUAAAAGUUACGAAACACUGGAUGUUCAUCAACUAAUGUUGAGCGAUAAGGCUCGAACUCUUGCUUAUAAAAAUGCUAUAAUGAAUUCUAAACAUAUAUUUAAUAAUAAAGUUGUUAUGGAUGUUGGUGCUGGAACUGGGAUAUUAUCAAUCUUCUGUGCACAAGCAGGUGCCAAAAAAGUUUACGCAAUAGAAGCAAGCGACAUAGUAGAUCUUACCCAAGGAGUUGUGAUAGAAAAUGGACUGUAUGAAAAGAUUACAACGAUUCACAGUAAAGUGGAAGACAUUGACCCAAAUAACUUAGAGAAAGUUGAUAUAAUUGUUUCAGAGUGGAUGGGUUUUUAUUUAGUACAUGAAGGAAUGUUAGAUACAGUUCUCUUUGCAAGAGAUAAUUUCUUGAAGGAAAAUGGCAUUUUAUUUCCAUCUGUUGCUAAAUUGUAUGCAUCACCGUGUGAAUUACCAUCUAUGUAUCACUUUUGGGAUGAUAUUUAUGGAGUUUCCAUGAAGUGUAUUGGAGAGCAUUACACAAAAGAAAAAUCAAUGAAACCGGAGAUACUACUUGUAGAUAAAAAGAACGUUUUAGCAGAAGGUAAAUUGUUAGCAUGGCUAGAUUUACAGUGCAUCAGUGUGGAAGAAUUAAAUCAUCUUGGAGGGGAAGAGAAUGUUUCUGUUUGCAAUAAAAGUGGAAAGUAUCAAGGAAUUUGUAUUUGGUUUUCUGUAGAGUUUCCAGAUGGUUCUGAAUUAUCUACAAGUCCUUUUGACGAAGCCACACAUUGGAAACAAACUGCCAUUGUUUUACCAAUGGAUGUAGACGUCGAAGAAGGUGAAUCUGUCGCAUUUAAAUUAAAUUUAAAAAGAAAUUCAUGUAAACCUAGACAAUACAACAUAGAAUUAAUAUUGCUGGAUGCAUUAGAAGUUGAACAUGACGUUCCUUGUUAUUGUCAUAUGACAAAAUGCAUUGUUACAAGAGCAUACAUGGAAGGACAGGCAGGAACUGAUCCAGUGAAUACCUGAUAUUACAUUGUUUUGUUGUCAAAUUGUUGUCACGCAUGCGUGAUAAUCCCCCCUCCAGUUCAUGUUGAUGGUGUGGUUUUACUAAACAGUGAAACACGUGCACAGUGCAAUGCUUGGAUCUUCAACGAUAAAUGUCCAUAAAUUUUAAUACUUUUAC